AGCUGACAUUGACAUUGACACAUUGAAAACCCAAUUCUUUCAUUAUUCAUGUCAGUUUGUGGCAGCUGUAAUCUUUUCUUUUUUGUUUGUUAAGAAACAGUUUUGUAAAAAUAACUAAGGGGAGGGCUCUAAGGAAAUCGUUUCAGUACAGUGAUUCAUUCAAGUAACCAGUUCAUCCUGAAAUUUCGCUCAGCAGAGCGAAAAUUUUAUAAUUCCUCUGUUUUUCAGCCUGUGUUUCAGCCUAACCAGUAGGUGGCAGCAGCGGAUGUGACAAACUCUUCAUGAGACUGGAAUUAGAUGAGAAGAAGAAGACGGGGAGAACUUUCUGCGGAAGUGUCGCUGGUACAGUUGGUAAGCCAUGUGACAAUGUUUUCAUAACUUCAUGUUUAACACCCACGAUUCUGCUUUAGUGUCAUUUACCUGAGCGGACACUGUGUUUGUGUGACUGUAGGUAGUGCCGGUGUGUUUGUGCUCCUCCACCUGUCCUUCCAGUAGCGGUCUCCGGUCACAGUCAUGCAGCGUGCCCCGCAGACUCGCGCCCUGUUCGGUGGAGCUCUCUCGGCCGUCUUCCCUCAAAGCUCCGUGGACACCAGCGAGCUGAGGGAGAUCCCGGACAACCAGGAGGUGUUCGCCCACGCCCACACUGACCAGAGUCUGAUUAUUGAGCUGGUGGAGUUCCAGGCUCAGGUGGCAGACCAGGACGCCGCCAGGUACCACUUUGAGGACAUCGCAGGCAGUAACAAAGCAACAGAGCCAGGUGCUUUCCAGGUGACAACUGUGGUGCCUGUGUCCCAGUCUGAGCUGUCCCUGUCGGACUGCAGCUCCGCCUGGAUCCUCACAGGGAUUCAGAGUGUGUCCAAAUUUAACGAAGAUGCUAAAAACACGGUGACCCUGCAUCUGGCUUUGCUCCGCCUGCCUCAGUUCUCCACAGACAUCCUGAUCAGCUUCAAUGACCCCCAGAGCAUCAGCCCGGACAGCAGCAGUGCAGCCUCGGAGGAGACACAUCGAGAACCAUGGACCCUGCAGGACUUCCAGCGCCUGGUGCAGACUCUGACCCUGCACGACCCCGGUCUGUUCGGGUAGAACAAAUUUGAAGCUCCCCUCUGUGGAGCUUCACCUGAGACUUGACCUGGAUUUUCAUGCCUAGUUGAACAUUUGAGGAUGGAGCUGAACUUCAACAACUCAUAAUCUGGUAAUUCUGUUGCUGCCAUGAUGACUCUAUCAGGAGUACCUGCUCUACUCUCUUUUAGUCUUUGACUGACAGUCAAACACAAUGUGCUCUGCAGAUAUUUUUGUCAUUCCAUGUUUUAGAUUAAAAGAAAAUGUUCGAAGUUUUUGCUUUUAUUUGUAAAACUCUUGAUUUACAGAUAUUAUAUGUAGCACUGUUGGAUCUUUCACAGAUCAUAUUAAUAUGAUCAGUUCACUAUGAGAUUUUUCAAGGUUUGCUCCAAAAUGCCAUGACUUUCCCUGAGUGUGUUUUGACUAAAGCUGCAAAAAUGUAAUUAAUUUAGGAUCAUGCUGUUGAAAGAGCACAUGUCGAAAGUUUCCUCUUUCCAGUUUCUAACAUGACUCUUUAGUGACUGGCAAAUAUAAUUUUGUUAUCAGGAUAGGUGUGAAACAUAUCCAUAAAAAAAUUAAAGACUAACCACAGAGACACACAUCUGACAGUAUUUCAAAAUACUCAGCUUCAUAUCUGAUUGUAAAAACAGCUAUAACAAAAAAUAAUAACAGGACUAAUCUAUUAAAAGUCUGUUAAAACUGAAGCCUCAUGACGUCAAUUAUACAUUUUCUUUUAUAACAAAUUCUUUCAUUUUACAGUCUGGGCCAAGGCAAUAAAACAGUGACCUUUAUUUAACUUUAUUUGUGUCCUCAUGAGGUAGUUGAUAUGGCAGCAAGUGAAAAAGAAACAUAUAAUACAGAGAGUCGGGUGUCCAAAGGGGAGGUAUAAGACAGAGUACUGAACCAACAGUAGAUAUUGGGACACAAUCAGUGAAAGGUUACAAAAGAGGAUACAUUACUGUGUAAAAAAUAUAGAUAGCAGCAUCUAGAAUCACAUCAUAGAAUACCAGUCAAGAGCGGCUCUUCCCACUCUGUUCUGAGUUUAAAGAGAAAAUGGCUGUAUGGAUGAAGGAGUGCUUAUACCUGUUACUUUUAACAGGUGGAAAUCUGAGUCCAGAACCAGGGGGCAAAACUGUAACCCAGAAUGUAAAGGAUAGAAGCUGUCAGAGAGAAUAGCCUUAGCUUUCCUGAUUAUCUGCCAAUGGAACAGGUCUGAUAAGGUACACUGUAGAACUCCCAAGAUCUUACUGCCUGUUGUUAUCACUUUGCUUUGUGUGUUUUUUGACUCAGUGUUGAGGUUGCCAAACCAGCAGAGAAGAGAGAGGGUCAGCUCAGAUUCAAUAUAUGAUAUUUAAAAUAAAAUCACCAAUCUGAAACUUAAAUCAUUUUCUUAGGACAGUCAUUGCUGGCCUUUUUUGUGCAGAGCCUCAGAGUCACAUGUAGAAUUGAUUAUCCACAAUAGUCACGAGAUAUUAAUAAUAUUCAGCAGUA